GAAGAGCGACAAGCUCCAUCGAAGCUCAACAAUGGCGUCCGUGAGCUCGAGAAUUCCUCUGCGGAUUGCUCUUCGUGCAUCUACUUAUAUUGGCAGGAAGCAGCUCCAGGUGGGCGACGUCUUUGGCCUUCUACUCUACCAGCUUCGUUGGUGAUGAUCCUGUUCUUGGAUUUGGUUUGGAUCAAGGUUAGGGAUUUCAUUCGCUCCGCAUUGUAUGAUCCUGAAAAUGGGUACUUUUCAAAGCUCGCGGGUUCUGUGGGGUUUCUUGACAAAAGUAUCCGGUUCAAUCAGCUCCAAGGCCGUGUUGCAUACAUGAAACUCUUGGAUAAACUAUACAAGCAACAUGACAUUGCAUGGUUCACCCCAGUGGAGCUUUUCAAGCCUUGGUAUGCACAUGGUAUUGCUGAAGCGAUAAUGCGCACUGCUGACCUUUCAAUUCCAUUGAAGAUAUAUGAAAUUGGUGGUGGAUCAGGAACAUGUGCAAAGUGCAUAAUGGAUUACAUAAUGUUGAAUGCGCCACCGAGAGUUUACAAUAAUAUGAUAUACACAUCAGUAGAAAUCAGUUCAUCUCUUGCUGAAAAGCAGUUGGAAACUGUUGGGGAGGUUCAGAGCCAUUUUUCAAGGUUCAAGGUGGAAUGUCGAGAUGCCACUGAUAAGAAUGGGUGGGGGCAUGUGAACUCUCAUCCAUGUUGGGUUAUAAUGCUUGAGGUCCUUGAUAAUCUUCCUCAUGAUCUUGUCUUCUCACCGAAUCAAUCUUCACCAUGGAUGGAGGUUUGGCUUGAACAAAAUCAUGACAGCCUUCAAAUCUCAGAGGUGUAUAAGCCCAUACAAGAUCCACUAAUUUCCAAGUGUUCCAAGAUUAUCGGCAUGGAUGAAGACCAAGCAGUCAAGAGAAGCAGUUUAGUUGCAGCAGCUAAACAAAUAUGGUCUAAAGCAUUUCCAAAGCCUCGAAGAUCUUGGAUGCCUACGGGCUGCUUGCAACUGCUGGAGGUUUUACACUGGGCCCUGCCGAAGAUGUCUCUUAUUGCUUCUGACUUUAGCUAUCUGCCUGAUAUCACAGUUUCUGGGGAUCGAGCACCCUUAGUUUCCACAAAGAAAAGUGGCAGAACAAAAGAUCAUAGCAACUAUCUUGAUGCAAAGGGUGAUGCUGAUAUCUUCUUCCCAACAGAUUUCUGGCUGUUGGAGAAAAUAGAUCAUUACUGCUCUGGAUGGUCAAACGAGCACCGGGAAUCUAGAUCAUCAAAGGCUGUGAAAAAGAGAAGAACCAUAACUCUUGAUACAGCUGCGUUCAUGGAAGAAUUUGGACUGCCGACAAAGACAAGGACAAAGAGUGGAUACAACCCGCUUCUAGAUGACUUUAAGAACACUAAAUUUUACUUGAGCGUUCCGACACAUCACACAAGUUAGACGGCCCAAAGACUACCUACGGAAGAAGACCAAUUAGCACUGCAGGAAAAGAUUUAAUGCAGUAUUUUAAGUGUUGCAGAUUUAUCAUUGCAUUUGGCAAAGAACUGUGCUGCUCAAAAUCCAGCUUAAUUGAGAAUUGCAUUGUUUAGACUUAUAAACGGUUUCUGCUGCCAUAUGAUUAAAGCAUCAAAAUUUUGGCUUUUUAUAUUUCAACUUUUAUAUAAUAUAUUUAUGCAACAGAAGAUAUCAUAAUGUUAAAUCUGAUCACUUUUCUUUUG